UGCAGCAAGUCGCGGCAUCCAGUCGCAUCGGUGCGUUUACGUUGAACAUAACGCGUUUAAACGGAUUUCCAUUACAUCCUCUGUUAUAUAGAUGGGUGUACAGUUGCUUUCUAUAUAUCAACGAGCGUUUCGUAAAUUGUAUUGGUCAGCAUGCUGUGGAACGAUUUGUGCUAUAAACUUUACUUUUGGCCAUUUCUGAAUUAUCUGGCGGGCAUCAAAGGAAUUUGUCCAUUUUAUCCAGGUUUCUUCCCCUUUAUCACACUGCCACCAGUCAUUAUAUUGCCAACGCCAUCCACAGUGACUACAACCACAACGACAACCGCUUCCACAACCACAACCGUAACCACAACUACCACUACAGCCGCCACCACACUGUCCACAUUUUCACCAACACCACCAACGCCACCAACGCCAUCAACGAUCACAACACUUAUGCCAUGUCCGGCUCAGCCGCUGGCGUGUUUAAAUGGCGGCACACCACCGAUACCCUACUGCCCAUGCAUUGACCCAAGGCAAAGUGGUAUGGUCAAUGGUAUGAUGAAUGGUAUGAUGAAUGGAAUGGGCCCAACUCCGCCGAUGCCGUCUUUGGCGCUCCGAAGUGGCGCAGCCUUAUCGUCCGAUCGUCUAGUUUUCAUGCCAGUUAAUGCGCAACCGAAUGUUGCGCAGAGUUUGCAACAACAACCAAUUGGUAGUUCUAACGUUUUUAAUUUCCCUUUGGGCCCACGAAAUGGCGUACAGCCGAGCGCAGCGCCCAAUCCAUCGGAUAUGUUGGUUUUCAGUUCGCUUAGUGGACGCCGGCGCAGAAAGCGACGAAAGUCUCAAUUUUGUGUAGAUUCUAGUCAACGAAGUGGCCAAUGCGUGUAUAUGAACUCGUGCCCACAACUGAUUCAGGACUAUUAUGAAGCAGCAAGAUAUUCGCCAAAUUUGCCGGAUUUUCAGACUUUUGUGAGCGGUGCAAUGUGCGGAUAUGAUGGCAUCAAUUUUAUGAUCUGCUGUGUUUCCAACCGAAAUAUUCAGCCCCCCGGUGGAAUUCCAAAUCUUCCCACAUCGCAGCAGAAUAACCCGUACGCUUCUGCAUUUAAAUUUUCUUCACUAAAUUCACUACCAAAUGUGCCAACGUCAACACUUGCAAUGCCAACAACAGCUACAUCACCUAUAUUACCAUCAUAUUUGCCACCUAUCAAUAUGCCAGAAAGUACAAAACCACCGAAUCCGCCAAGCUUACCACCCUAUACUCCUAGUGUAAAUUCCUCCGCAGCAAUUGUACCAACACGCUUGGCACCUAAGAGGAGCGGUGCAGAGUGCGGCGUGAGUACAGCUUAUACCAAUAAAGUUGUAGGCGGCACGGAAGCAAGACGAGGCGCAUACCCUUGGAUCGCAGCUUUGGGUUAUCGCGAUGAGAAUAGAGUGAAUUCAUUGCAAUACCUCUGUGCUGGUAGCUUAAUAUCGAACCGUUAUAUUUUGACAUCGGGUCAUUGUGUUAAUUCUCUGCUAAUAACAGCACGUUUGGGUGCCCACGAUAUAAGUGAUCCCAACGAGACGGGCGCUAUAAGCAUACCCAUUGAACGUAAAAUCAUACACGAACAGUACAACUCGCAAUAUAUAAUUAAUGACAUUGCAUUGGUUCGUCUAAGUGCUCCGGCUCCAAACUCGGCAUAUAUAAGCACCAUUUGCUUACCCGAGGGCGAGCGUUUUGCAAAAGAUUUCGUUGGCAACAAUCCGUUCGUCGCUGGUUGGGGUGCAGUGAAGUUUCAAGGGCCCAGUUCGAACGUUUUGCGUGACGUGCAGGUGCCGAUUGUGACUCAACAGACUUGUAUACAGUCAUAUAAAGCCGCUUUUCAAAAUUUAGUAUUUACAGAUCGGUUCAUCUGCGCUGGCAAUUCUCAUGUCGAUGCCUGUCAAGGGGAUUCCGGUGGGCCAUUGAUGAUGCCGAUGCUGGAAAACGGCGCUUAUCAUUAUUAUAUUCUGGGCUUGGUUUCUUAUGGCUAUGAAUGUGCUCGACCCGGAUUUCCUGGUGUUUAUACACGUGUCGCUUCCUAUAUACCAUGGAUACUCAGCCAUAUGGUAUAGUGUUGGUAUAUAAUCUCAAAGAAUAUUUUUCAAUGCCAAAAAAAUAAUUUGUUAAAAAUUUUGUUAUUUUGUUUUCAAAAAAAAAUCUGUAAAAAUAAUGUUUAUUGGUCAUUAUUGCUUCAAACACUUAAAAUGUAAAUAAAACUUCAACUGAAACAGAAACA